CGAUACGGCGGAAUAAACGGAGUCGGGCUUUAGUUGUCAGGUUGUCACGGGUUUAAACCCGUGAAAGAGCAACUGCGGGGCAGGAGGGGUUCGGUUUCAAUUGCGUCAUGUUCGCGGAUAGUUAGCUAAGUCGAGUUUGUGUACCGGAACAGCAUUUGGAUGUAACAUUGUUUCAGCCGUGCCAUUAGUAAUUCAUGUCGGGGCAGCAGCCUCCCUGGAGCCAGAGCUCUUUCGUAACCUUUACUAAUAAGACUGUUCCUGGUCAAUCCAAUCCCGUGUAAGUUCGUUUAUUCCUUAUUCCUUCCUAUGUACCUAAUAUAAACCCUGUUGCCACUUUGUAAAAUAAAAAUAAAAAUACCCUUAUACAUAAGUAUCGUCACUCGGCCGAGUCCCGGAGCCGGAGGAGAAUCACAUCACCCUUCGACGAAAAGAGCCCCCCUGUGAAUGUCUAUAAGAACCGCGUCCGCCCGCUUACUAGCUUGUAGCUCUGGAAGGAGAGCUGUAGUAGCACCGCAGGCAGCAGCAAUCAUUCCUUCGCAUCUACGGAGUAUUCGAAAUAAUCCCUUGAUCAUACAUAUCCGCAACAUGGCGUCUAUCCCUGCCACCCAGAAGGCUGUCGUUAUCGACAAGACGGGAGGCCCUGAGGUCCUUCAGUAUAAGACUGAUGUUCCCGUCCCCGAUGUCGUCGACGGCCAGAUCUUGGUUAAGAAUGAUUAUCUUGGUGUUAAUUUCAUCGACACGUACUUCCGCUCAGGCUUAUACCCAGCACCGCGAUUCCCGUACAUCCUCGGUCGCGAGGCAGAAGGCACCGUCGUGAAGACAGGCGGUGGGAACGUGUACGGGUUGAAGGAGGGCGAUAGAGUUGUCUGGCUCGGCGAAAGCGCCUACGCAGAGUACACCGCAGUCGAUGCCUCCAAAGCCGUCAAAAUCCCCGCCGGCGUAGCCCCCAAGAUCGCCGCCGCCGGCCUCCUCCAAGGCCUAACAGCCCUGACCCUAGUGCGCGAAGCCCACCGCGUCGAAAAAAGGGACUGGGUCCUCGUCCACGCCGCCGCCGGCGGCACCGGCCUCUGGCUAGUCCAGCUCCUCAAAGCCAUCGGCGCCAACACCAUCGGCACGGCCUCCACGCCCGAAAAAGUAGACCUUGCCCUCAAAGCCGGCGCCGCGCACGUCAUUAACUACAGCCACGAGGACGUCAAGCAGAAGGUGUCCUCGCUCACCGGCGGCCAGGGCGUCGUCGCCGUGUUCGACGGCGUCGGGAAAUCCACCUUCGAUCUGAGCUUGGAAGUCGUCGCGCGCAAGGGCUCCGUGGUCUCCUUCGGCAACGCGUCCGGCCCCGUCCCGCCGCUGACGAUCGCCCGGCUGAGCGCCAAGAAUGCGCGGCUGUUGCGGCCUACGGUGUUCAACUACGUGACUACGAGGGAGGAGCUCGAGCACUACGCCGACGAGCUGUUCGGUUUUAUCACGGGGGGAAGUAUUGACGUGCGCAUCCACGAGGUGUACCCCCUGAGCGAGGUUGCGCGUGCUCAUGCUGAUCUUGAGGGCCGGAAGACUACGGGGAAGUUGUUAUUGGAUCCAUCGAAAUAAGGACGGACGGACGGAUGGAUAUGAUGGGUUGGAAGAGAUACCUAAUCUUUCGUAUUUAGCUUCGUCGCAAGCUAUAUUUACUCUCGUGAAAACUAUGAGGAACCCGUAUGAAUAA